CGCGCUCUGACUGGACGAGGGCGCGCGCUCUGACUGGACGAGGGCGCGCGCUCUGACUGGACGAGGGCGCGCGCUCUGACUGGCGCGCGCUUUUCUUUCGAACGCUCGUUGUUUUUCAUGAAUGAAAUCCAAUCGGGCGGAUAUAAAUAGAACGGGAGGCGCUGACGUCACGAGGCCGCGGCUGCUGCUGCUGCAGCUGGAGGUCGGCUGGCGGUAGGCUGCGCUGCGCUUUCUCGAUUCACAUUUUUUUUUUUCCUCUUUCCUAAAGUGUCCGCGGGAGGGCGGAGAUACAAAAAAAAAAAAAAAGGGGGUGGAGAUGCUUAAAAGGGGUUAAGAUCGCCCCUUAAGAUGGAUAGCGGUAGGGACUGUCAUCUGAAAGAAAGACAAUGAGCUCGAGCGAUGGUGCUCUGCAAACUUGUGCCUAGUCUUAGCCUGGCAGCUCCCCCAUCCUUACCAGCCUGCUGCCCCGGAGAACAAUAGGGAGCUGGGAGAUAACGAGCGAUCCGGGGAGGAGAACACACCAGGGCUGCAUAAAUGGACACUGAUAUGGACUACGAACGACCCAAUGUCGAAACCAUCAAGUGUGUGGUCGUCGGGGACAAUGCAGUGGGCAAGACACGGCUUAUCUGCGCCAGAGCUUGUAACACUACGUUAACUCAGUACCAGCUGCUGGCCACCCACGUACCGACAGUAUGGGCAAUAGAUCAGUACCGCGUCUGUCAAGAGGUCCUUGAACGCUCGCGGGAUGUUGUGGACGAGGUGAGCGUCUCUCUCAGGUUGUGGGACACCUUUGGGGAUCAUCACAAGGACAGGCGUUUUGCCUAUGGAAGAUCCGACGUUGUUGUUCUGUGUUUCUCAAUCGCAAAUCCAAAUUCAUUAAACCAUGUGAAAACAAUGUGGGCUCAGGAGAUUAAACAUUUUUGCCCCCGCACACCUGUCAUUCUUGUGGGUUGCCAGCUGGACCUGCGUUAUGCCGAUCUUGAAGCUGUUAACAGGGCAAGGCGACCAUUAGCCAGACCGAUAAAACGGGGAGACAUUUUGCCACCAGAAAGGGGAAGAGAAGUUGCCAAGGAACUUGGGAUCCCAUAUUACGAAACCAGUGUUUUUGACCAGUUUGGCAUAAAGGAUGUGUUUGACAAUGCAAUUAGGGCCGCCUUGAUCUCCAGGAGACAUCUUCAGUUUUGGAAGUCCCAUCUGAAAAGAGUUCAGAGACCUAUACUGCAAGCUCCAUUCCUUCCCCCUAAAUCACCACCGCCAGUGAUAAAGAUACCCGAGACCAGUGAGUCUAACAUUAAUGAUGCUGGAGAUUUACUGGACAAUCCUUUGUGUGCAGAUGUCAUGUUUGUCCUUCAGGACCAAAAACAGAUCUUUGCUCAUAAAAUUUACCUUGCUACCUCCUCUUCAAAAUUUUAUGACCUUUUUUUAAUGGAACAUGAAGAGUCACAAAACCUCAUGGAAAGGUUCUGCAGGAAGGAAAAGCCUUCAAAAGAUUUGUUAUUGCGGACAUUAAGCCUUGACACAGACGAGGACACAGAUGGAACUUCCUUGAAACCAUCAAAUGCCUGUCUUCGGAUUUCAAAAAGCGAUGAUACUUUACUGACUUCAGAUUGUGACGAGGAAGGAUGUGUUGCUUUAAUGUCUUGGAGCAAAGGCUUUUAUAGUAUGCACCAAGAACUGAUGGUCAACCCAGUGUCUAAUAGGACUUGUUCAAUGACCGUGGUCCGAAUGGACUCCUCUGUACAGUAUGGGCCUUUUAAAACCGUAUUACGAUUUUUAUACACUGGGCAGCUAGAUGAAAAUGAGAAAGGUUUGAUGCGAGUAGCACAAAUUGCAGAAAUUCUAGAAGUAUUUGAUUUGCGAAUGAUGGUAGAGAAUAUCACAAACAAAGAAGCCUUUAUGAACCAGGAGAUUACAAAAGCGUUUCACGUCAGGAAAGCAAAUCGAAUCAAAGAAUGUCUCUCCAAGUCAACGUUUUCUGAUGUAACAUUUAAAUUGGAUGAUGGAAACAUCAAUGCCCAUAAGCCGCUUCUAAUCUGUAGCUGUGAAUGGAUGGCUGCAAUGUUUGGAGGUUCAUUUGUGGAAAGUGCAAAUAAUGAGGUCAGCCUACCUAAUGUAAGCAAAUCUUCAAUGCAAGCUGUGCUGGACUAUCUGUACACCAAGCAGUUGUCGUGCACGUCGGACUUGGACCCACUGGAGCUGAUUGCACUGGCAAAUAGAAUCUGCCUUCCACGUUUGGUGGCUGUCACCGAACAACAUGCUGUGCAGGAGCUGACCAAGGCUGCAGUGAAUGGGGUGGAUAUCGAUCAGGAAGUGCUAAACUACCUGGAAAUUGCUCAGUUUCAUAAUGCACAUCAGCUGGCGGCCUGGUGCCUGCACCACAUCUGUACCAAUUAUAACAGUGUCUGCUCGAAAUUCCGGAAAGAAAUAAAAUCUAAAUCAGCUGAAAACCAGGAAUAUUUUGAGAGACACCGUUGGCCGCCAGUGUGGUACUUGAAAGAAGAAGACCACUACCAGAGAGUGAAGAAGGAGCGAGAGAAAGAAGACAUCAUCCUUAACAAACAUCGCUCAAGGCGCAAAUGGUGCUUCUGGAACUCUUCGUCAGCGGCCUUUGCCUAAGCAGUGACUUGAAGACACAUGUAAAUGAAUAUUGUCUUAACGUUAAAAGAAGCUGUACAGUAGUUAACCUUGAAGCACUGACAUGAAUCCACGUGUGUGCAUUUUUAUUUUAUUUUUGUUUAUUUGAAUUUUUUAUAAGAUUAAAGCACAAUUUCACUUCAGGCAGGUCAAAAAAAAAGCUUGUUACCUUUAGCUGAGGAGGGUCGGUGGAGACCCUUGUGCAUCACAGGAGAGGGGUUAAACAAAAUGAACGGUCAUUAUGAUCAGCGUAAACAUACAUAUCUAAGGAGAUAUGUGAUGUUCCGUACAGGGAUCUGUCAUUUUGGAGCAUAACUUCUCUAGUUAGACUAAGCCAAUACAUGGAGGAGUGAUAUGUUGUAGAGCACACGCUCCAUCUCCUCUGCUAGUACUGUGUUUUUAAAAACUCGGGAUCCACAUUGUGUAGCAUCCAGGCUAGUGUGUCAAGCUAACCUCACUUAUGGAAAGCUCGACAAUCAUGUUUUAUCCUGUCUGUGCAUAUGUUUCUGCUCAAAGCUCUCGGAAACUAGAAAAUCUUCAGAUUCAGGUAUUUUUUUAAUUAAUAAUUUGCAUGAUCUUUAUAAUAAUCAGUCAAAGCAAUGCAGAAGACAGAAGUCGUUUUCGACUCUUGUAGUAAGAAUUGCUCAUCUUCGUCCUUGCGAACCAAUAGUCGGACAUGGGGUCAUUUACGGGGUUCUCGACUUUGGACAAUCUCUACUCCCAAGGGUCUGUUGAAGAUAAGCAGAUCACAAAGUGUCCCUCUGCUGGGAGCUCUAGAAAUCAGUUGUAAUCCUAUCUGUAAGUGCUUUGUUUUCCUGCAGUGCCACAACAGUGGAAAUUAGGCAUUACACAAUGCUCAUUCAAAGUAAUAUGUUGUCUGUGUAAUACAGGACAGCAAAGGUCCUCCAGAGCAUAAGCCAUUCAUUGAAGUGUUCUUCGCUCUGGCUGAGAGGUGACUGUCCUGAGUAGAGGACCUAGUCUUCUGACGAUUAACUUAAUGCUCCAAUCGGAUAUAUGAAAAUGGUUCUUCUAAACUGGACUACACCUCUAAUGUUGAACCUUACUCGACUCAAAAUCUGAAAAUAUAGUUGACAACAAUUAACCUCAGUAUUCAACUCUCUCCAUCUCACAAUCAAAGGGAUCAUGUAAGAUGAAGUUGGCCAUUGAUGUCCCAAAACUUGCACCUGAUUCAGUGGCUGUGCCGAUAAUUGGCUUGUGUAAAGUGGGACUAUUGGCACUCUCAAAGACGUCUUAGUAUUCUACUGCACUACCAGUAUCUUAGGUUCUUCCAUCCACCUGGAGAGUGAUAUGGAGGGUAGAUUCAGGUUAAGUAUAAAGUUUUAGGUUUUAUGUGAUGUUGGGCUUCUACUUUUGUGGUAUUCCUUGGAAAUCAAUUUAGUAUAUACAGUAACUUUCAAGGAAUAGAUAGCUAAUAUUAAGUGUAUAUGAAGAAGCCACUUUUCACUUUUUUUUCUGCCUGAAAGUAUGUCAACAUAGGAAUCAUUGAGCUGUAUAGCUCAAAGCAUAUUCAAAAUGGUCAGCUUCACCAAACAUCAGAUAUAUCCCAAUUAAAAUGAAAGCCAUUUUCAUGAAAUUAAAAAAAAAAGUCAAUAAUCAACACUACAACCCAGCAAUGACCUGGUGUCCAUCUUCAUGGAGAACCAUAUAUCUACUGUCUUACUUGGAAUAUAACAAUAUUCUGUAUGUGAAAUGCCUAUGCUAGGUUAGAAUAUAAAACAUAGAAGGGCUUUAUUCACAGGGAUAUGCAGGGUAUAUUAUAGACCCUACUUGCAAGAAAAUGUAUUGCUGUCAUUGUGACUUAAAAUAUGUACUUAUCUCAUGUGGUUUUCAUCCAUUUAUUACACAGUGGUCUUCCACCUUCUGUGUGGUCUAGUGGUGAUUUAAUGUGAACCUGUACAGAAUUUUAUAGAAGUACUUUAUAAUGUAUACCUAUGAAGAAUACAGAGAAUAUUGGUUCGUCACUUUCUCUUGUGGCCUGGAUCAUUCUCAGUCUCUUAAAGUUGUACAUUUAUUAAAGGGGUUAACCACUUUAAAAGAAUCCGGGCUGUAAGGACACCCAAGUCCAUGCUGUGCCACAGUAAUCGGACCUCUCAGCUCACAAGGCCCCUGGAGGCCCGUCCCCCGGCUAUGUAAACUUCCCACCACUGUGGCCACAAGGCCCCCGGAUGCCCAUCUCCCGCUGAGAUCCAAAUUGUGUUAUAAACACAUGACCUCUUUAUUACCCAUCCAAAGCCUUGAGCAGAAAGCGAUAUGUUCAUGUGAUUAAACCACGUGUCCUCCUUGAUUUUGGUUCUGCUGUGCUGGUGGGAUGCUUACAUAGCCAGGACAAGGGCCUUGUGACGAGCAGUAAGCUGAAAGCUACAGCGUGGACUUGUGCCCAUUCAGUCUGAAUUUUUUUUAAAGUGGUCAACCCUGUUAAGUCCACCUAGCCUCUGUGCAAGGUGAAGGUAAGUGUGUGGCCUGGUAAACAUAAGUUUGAGUACAGCCAGUCAUUUGGCUAGAAGCUUAUGACUUCACGUCUCUGUGAUGUCAUGUCUUAUUGUAUUGAUACAAAACAGAGACAGUAUAUUCAGACAGAUCAUAUACACUGCAUAUACGCAAAUUCUUAACUAGGUGGCUUCAUCAAGCCCAUUAAUGUUGUCAGGUUCACUUUAAAUGAUAAGGUUUUCUUCCAGGGUGUCACUUAUACUAUAGCCGAGUGGAUUCCAUAGCAUUUCAUUGAAACUGUGCCCAGGGUGGGCAUAUGAGCCUCCCCUUUGUUACUUAGUGAAUAUGCUUCCUGUGUAUCAGUAUUUCCUUAUCUUCUCUUUCUUCACUUAUUUAAAUUGGUUGUUGUGUGAGUUUUCAGUGUUAAUUAUAUAAAAAAAAAAAAAGAUAUUAAUAUUGUUAAGGAGGAUCAAAGCUGCUCCUGGGCCAAUAUAUCACAAUGCAUAUUGUCAGAAUUGCUAUACAAUAGUCAUGCGCUAUAUAAGCCAGACAGAACCUAAUGUAAAGUGGACCACCAUUGUGAAGAGGCACUAAAAGGAGAUUGUAAACUUAAAAUAUAAGACCUAUAUGGAGACACCCCUGAUAACAUUCACAAAAUACACGUAUAACCUGGUCCCAUACAAUUCGAACCCUUCCAUUGUGCCUAUUAUCUCGAAAUUCUAGAAUUUGCAUAUAUACAGGAACCUAGGGUCUCCAUAUAAAAUAGUAGUUAUCGAGCAUCUGUGGGGUUCCUGAAGAUUUCCCAUGUGCUUGUGAAUGUUAUGAGCUAUUCUUUCGUAUAAAAUGUAAGGUAUUUUAGGCUUGGUGGCCUUUUAUGUGAAAAAUAAUCCCCUAGUCUGGUCCGUAUGUUUCUCCAUACGCUAAUGCAGACUAUGACUUAAUCACAAGUGUACUUGAAAUUAUAAUUGGAUACAAACGCUAUGUGAAAUGCCUCUAUGAAACAAUUUCUAUAGACUGCGUAGUGAAGAAGAUAUCGCCUAGUCUUGCAUUAUAUUGUAACUCCAGUCCAGGUUAAAAUGUAACUUCAUUAUUAUUCUAAAUUCAUUCUGUAAACUGUGCACUAUGUAAUCUAAAAGUAUUGAUGUAACGUCAUGAUACACCCAUCAUGUACUAAAGUAGUGCUGAGUCACAGCAGCCAAUCAGACGCUUGCUUUUAGGCCGUAACUGAUACCAGGCCAAUGAAAGAACAUUGCUGAUUGGCUGUUUGGUGUCAGCCAAUAGUUUUAUAGAUGGCAUAAAUCAUUUGUGGAAUUCUAAGUGCUCAUGUGUGAUCAAUCAAAAUCUGUGUCAAUGUGGGCAAGGCACACUGAGAAUCUGUCAAGGAAGGACCUAAUGCCACCGAUGCCGCCAUAAUUCAGUGCUACAGACCUCAGGACCAUAUGCACCUACUGCAUUGGUCGUUUGCUUUACUGCAUCUGUGUGUGCGCACAGCUAAAGAGAAUGUCAUGAGGAUGAACUCCAUUAAGCCAGGCACUCCUUGGUAGGGCUGAUCCUGCUGGUUAAAAUGAUAUCUGGCUUGUGAAAAAACGGUUGUGGUAUUCCAGAGAAAAAAACAACUUUUUAUUCUUUAUGCAAAUGUGGGCUUCUGUGCACUGAAGGGGCGGGCCCUAGACCUUCAAUGCACCGUAGCUUUCCAGUGCUGGCCACUCCCCUCAGUACUCUGAAGCCCUCAAUUGUAUAAAAAAUAAAAGUCAUUUUUUUUUGUUUUGUUUUUUGUUUCUCAAGAACGCCACAACCGAUUUCCACAAGACAGGUAUCAUUGUAAUCAGCAGAUUGAACAGUACCAGGCAGUAUGCCUGUUUUGGUAGAGUUGAUCCUGCUGGUAGGCGCGCUUUAAGCAAAUCGCUGACCUCCUACAAAGUUUUGGUCAUGUAUAAAACAAACUUAGAGAGCUUCAAUGGUCCAGUAUCCAGAGCAGGAGCUCCUGAGUCAUGGCAUCAGUAAAUAUGGCUCCUCAUGACAGAUUGUCCGUGAAAAGUUAGUUUUGCCAUCUAUCUUUAGCAGGUGAAGAACAAUGUAUUUGUAAGUUGGGCCUGAUGAAAUAUAAAUCCAUUACUUACCCCAGAGUUGCAGAAAGCCAUAACAUUAUUUAAAUUCAGGUUUUUGACAGGGGUUCAAUGUUGGCAAUGUCAUUAACAUUUUAGCAUUGUAGAUACAGGUGCUAUGAAUAGGGGAUAACCCUCUUAUAACA